AUGGUGUGCAGCUCCAAGAGGUCGCGCCAGCAGCUCCAAGGGACCUCCAAGGCUAUUUCCAUGGCUUCCAAGAGGUCGUCCGACCCCGACGACCCCACUGUGGCUCCGCCUCUGUCCUCACCUGAAGGAAUUCAUCUUGCUGCGUGCCCCUGCAUAUGA